UUGUUGAACAAUAGAUGGUCGUUUCAAAGCACCGGAAAUGGUGUUUUUGAACAUCGGCAUACCGAAAAAGGAGGGGCGCAUUUUUUGCAAUCCGUUGACCAUUUGCUGUCGAAAUUCAAAGGAAAAAAAUUAGGUUGUAGUCAAUACACUUUUAAAUCAUAAUCCAUAAAUAUUCAAAAGAAUUCGAUUAACAGCUUGCUAAUAGCUGGUAACAUGGAAAAAUAUGGAGCACCUCAUGUAUUAUUUCUUACUACUUCAUAUGCCUAUAAGGGAGAAUCUCGAUUGUGGCAACUUCAAAAUUUUUUGAGUGAAAUUUGAGUUUGUUAUUAUAGUUGGUUAAAAGGCAGAAGCAUUUGCUAAUAUAACUACUGUUACCUAUCAAAAUUUUUAUGUUAUCUCUGUCACUCCGGAUAACUAUUGGAACACCAAUCAUGAGGUAAGAAAUAGCACCAAGAUGAAAUGUCGGCUAUCAAAUUUAAUAAUAAGUUCUUGAUACAGAGAAUAGGAAACUGCUUUAAUAAAAUGUUAAAAGAUACAAAUAAGGUCAGCAAAAAUAUUAAUUAAAUAAUAUAAAAGAGAUUUGGAUGCACUUGUUAAUGUUUCUUUUUAGGUUUAAUUACCAACCAACCAAAUUAGUGCCAAUGAGAAAUAUUUUCAAUGACUAUUACCCUCGGCAUUGCCUUUAAACUACAGGUUGUGGAAACCAAUAAAACUUUAUUUCUGAAUCAUAACUUAAGUUUUCCAGCCAUAUAUAAGCAUAUCUUGAAAGCCCUUAUUGUGUUUUAAAAACUAUCGAUGCCCGCAGGCAUUAUCGUUGACGAAAUAUAAAAAAACAGCCAAACUUUUAUGUUCUAUCUAUCUAUCGCAUCAUCUGCGAUCUUCCUCUUUCUCUUUUAUUUACCCAUGUUCACCAUUAUAUGAUCACUUCGUGCCACAUUUCACCAUUAUAUCUAACGUUGUGUCCUGUAAAUUUCUAUUUUCGCUUCGAUGUCUGUUCCGACAUCUCUGAUGUUAGUUUUCUCUCUAAUCCACGUGUUUGUUCUUUUGUCCUUUAAUUUUUUGGUCUAGCGCAAGUCGCUUUUUGUGUUUCCUUUACUUUGUUUACAUUACCUUUUGUAAAUGUCUAUCUCGUGCCCCUUAUGUGAGUAGUAGGGAUAUACCAUGGUCUUCAGGUAUUGUGGAUAUUUUUUAUUCUUUAAGAUAAGCUGUUGUUCCAGAUAUAUGUAAUCUUUACUUGUUCUAUCGCAUGUUUCCCAAUUCUCUUGUGAAUUUGACAUGACUGCAUUUUUUGGUAUUUGUUCUGUUCUUUGGUAUAUGUUAAUGGUAGUUGUUGCUCUGUUGUAUAUGUUUAAUAUUAGUUCAGUAAAUCUGUAGUCUAUUUUACCUUUAUUCAAGUUAUUUUUAACAGCCCAGUGCCCUAUCUUCCCUCCUUUUCUUUAGCAAUUCACUUAAAGUACUUAAUUUAUAUCGUCCUCUCAAUGGAAAUGGGUAGGACAUUUGAUUGCUGUUUUGCAUCUUGCCUAGGAGAAUUUCUUAGCCGAUAACGGGUAUCCUCUGGAAACGCACGAAGUUAUCACCGACGACGGAUAUAUUUUGACGUUGCAUCGCAUUCCAUUCGGUAGAGCCGAAACAGCUAAUAAUGUCCCGAAAAGGCAAUGGCGUUAGUACUUUCAGAUGCAGGUUACGACGUGUGGCUGGGCAAUAACAGAGGCAACACGUUUUCCAGAAAACACGUGUCGCUGAGCCCGGACGAACCUACUUUCUGGAACUACAGUUACCACGACAUAGGCGUCCAAGACCUUCCGGCGAUGAUUGACAAAGUCCUUAACGUGUCGGGCCGGGAAAAAUUGAUUUAUAUCGGUUUUUCCGAAGGUUUUACUUCCUUCGCGGUUAUGGGCAGUGUGAGACCCGAAUAUAACGACAAAAUUCUUUUAAUGAAUGCUUUCGCGCCAGUGACGAAUAUGCACAACGUAAAAAGCCCAAUUAUAAAUUUUCUUGCAGAUUAUCCCUCUGUCAUCACGACUUUAAAGUACUUCAAUUACAAUGAACUGCUCUCAAUACGAUGGGCACCAUUAUUCAGGAUUAUAUGCAAAAUUCCUGGUGGUGAUAUGUUCGUUCCGUGGUUGAUCAGUCUCGCAGGAGUAUCACAUCAACUGGAUAAAAAUUUCUUAACGACCCUUUUUGUUGCUUUCCCAGGAGGUUUAUCGCUGAAACAAUUAGAGCAUUACGUACAGGGGGCCCGAUAUGGACACUUCCGCCCUUACGACUACGGGCAGGAGAUGAAUUUAAAAAUCUAUAAAAGUAAGGUACCAGCACCGUACGAUUUAACCAAAAUCACUGCUCCGAUUGUAAUUUAUUAUGGGGAAGAUGAUUACCUCGUUAACAAUGACGAAAAUUUACUUAACCGACACAACUAUACACUAGUAGCAUACAAAGUGAUCACCGAAGAUGGUUACAUAUUGUCCAUGUUUCGGGUAAAUCGAAAAAACGAAAAGCUCGGUAGGAACACAACGAAACCACCAGUAUUUAUAAUGCAUGGAAUGACUGGAUCUUCUUUCGAUUGGUUAAUCUGGGCACCUAAUAACAGCGUCGCCUUGGAUAUCGUAAACGCCGGCUAUGACGUAUGGUUAGGAAAUAAUAGAGGAAAUACUUAUUCUAGAAGACAUAUACAUCUAGACCCGGAUGAUCCUAAUUUUUGGAACUUUAGUUACCACGAAAUUGGAUUGUACGAUCUUCCAGCUAUGAUCGACAGGGUCCUUAACGAAACCGGAUUUACUAAACUUACUUAUUUGGGCAUGUCCCAAGGGUUCACGUCAUUUGUCGUUAUGACCUCCCUGAGGUCGGAAUAUAACCAGAAAAUUCUUGUAGCGAAUUGUUAUGCGCCAGCUACCGUCCUAUACAAGAUCAAGAGUCCAGUGAUGAAUUUUGUAAAGGACAAUCCCUUGAUAUUUCCCGAGACAAUGCUUAAGGCAAACAAUUAUUCAUUACAAAUCUACCACGUGGUUACGGAAGAUGGUUACAUAUUGACACUACAUCGCGUACAACACCAAAUAGGCAUCGACGCAAGCAAACCACCAGUGUUCUUGAUGCACGGUAUGUGUGCUAGUUCUUUUGAGUGGAUACUUCUAGGCCGACGAAAGGCGUUAGCUCUGAUUCUUGCGGAGGCGGGUUACGACGUAUGGCUUGGAAAUAACAGAGGCAAUUCCUAUUCCAGGAACCAUUUAUUUCUGACACCGGAAAACUCCAAUUUUUGGAACUAUAGCUAUCAUGAUAUUGGAAUGUACGAUCUUCCCGCUAUGAUAGACAUGGUACUGAAGGAAACUGGUUUUAAAAAGUUGACCUACAUUGGUAUGUCGCAAGGUUUUACGGCAUUUGUCGUGAUGGCUAGCAUGAGGCCCGAAUACAACGACAAAAUUUUGCUGAUGAAUGCUUAUGCCCCGGUGACCAAUAUGUAUAAUAUCACAAGUCCUCUUUUGCGAUUUGCUAAGGAUCAUCCCUCAAUAUUUAAGAUCUUCGAGACUAUUGGUUGGUACGAUAUGCUGCCCAAUACACUGGCACCACUGUUAAGACUUGUUUGCCGAAUCCCUUGGGGAGAUUCCAUAAUUUUAUCAUUACUACAUCCUGUAGGAGCCUCGUAUAAGCACACGGACACGAGCUUGUUGCCAACGGCAUUAAUCAAUUAUCCUGCAGGAAUGUCCAUAAAACAAUUACAUCAUUACAUUCAAGGAUCUCAAACUGGAUAUUUUAGAGCUUUCGACUACGGUCUGGAAGGAAAUUUGAAAAUAUAUAACAACCGAGAACCUCCAUCUUACGACCUCAAGAAGAUUAGAGCUCCCAUAAUAUUUUAUUACGGAGAAGACGACUAUCUUAUCAACAACGAGAUUCUUUUAACAUCCGUGGCGAAACAAAUGCCAAACGUGGUAGAAAUUUACAAGGUUCCCUAUAAGGAUUUCAACCAUGGCGAUUUUAUGUUGGGCAAAAAUAUUUCAUCGCUUACAAACAAAACUGUGGAAUUCAUCGACUCAUACAGUCGCAGUUUCCAGGAACAUUUAUGAAGAUGCAAUGAACCUCAAUACCACAAAAUGUACUAUUUUUUAUCUAGUAGAGUUUUCAUAUUAAAUUCCAAUGUGGUUUUA